AUAAGUAGAAAAAUGUUAGACCAGACUGUUGUUCCGUCAAUGGUUCCACGAAGAGUUUGUCCCCGCUGUUCGAAAAUUUUCGGCCGAGAGAGGAUUGGAGCCAAAGGCAUUGCUGGUUCUUGAUAAUUGCACCAGUCAUUAUGACGUUGACGAAUCUCUACAGAGUGACGAUGGACUGAUUCAAGUGAUCUACCUCCCACCAAAUGUAACUGCUGAAUGCCAGCCGAUGGACCAAUCGGUCAUCAAUGCAAUCAAGCGAAAGUAUAAAAGAAAACUGAUGCUCGCAUUAAUUCUGGAAAACGAACACUUAAGUUUCGAAGAACGAUUGAAGAAGAUUAAUCUUCAACAGUGUAUAUCGUGGUUGGCAACCUCUUGGGAGGAGAUAUCUGACAAAACUAUACGUAAUUCGUGGAAGAAAUUGAUCGAUGGUUUGCCGGAGGAUGCUGUUAAUGUAGACUCGAAAGCGGCCGAUGAUGACUUCAAAGCGCUUGUGUCCAGGAUUGACAGUUUGGCAGGAACAAAAACAUCUGAGCAAGAUAUUGAUCUGUGGAUCAAAGAUCAGGUGUAUGAUGGUGAUCAUAAUCCAGAUUGGGUAACCAGUGAAGUGUUCUCUGAUGACGAGAUUUUGUCAUCAGUUCUCAAGAAAGAUCAACCUGAAAUGCAAGAAGAAUGGUUGGUAGACACAGAAGAUGGAAGUAAUUCGUUUGAUACUUCCAUUACUAGUACCGGAGAUCCUGAUUUUGGCGAUGCAAUCAAGUCAAUUGAUUGCCUAGUUCGCUAUAUGAAGCAUGAUGUUGCAGAAGUAUGCCGUUUGAACGCGCUACGUUCGAAAAUCACUGAAGUUGAAUGGCUAAAACGAGCAUGUUGAAGAACUCUACCAUUUUGUUGAAAAUGAAUUUACGUGGUUUGUUUAAUUUUGUUUGAAACGUUUAAAAUAAAUAUUGUUUUUGUUGAAUAA